GGAUACCGCAGCCAACACGGGUCACCACCAUGGCCACGUCAGCCGCCGCCGGAGGUGCAGCAGUUUCUCAGGUUGGUAGUUCCGGUGCGGAACAGGGACUCGACAGUCCUGUACUCAACAGCAUGCCAGGCCAACAGCCUGGCGAGUACAUCUCGGACUUUGCCGCCCGCGUCCUCACCUUCAGUAAAGUGGUGGCCGAAGAGGAACAGUGGCAGGCUGAGGCGGCAGCUACAUUACGAUGGCAACAGCAGGAAGUCGCGGAGGCUCAACAUCGGCAGCAGGAGGCAGCAGCCGAUGCAGUCCAGUGCCUCCGACAAGAAUCCGCGACAAGCCUGCUACAGGAAGAGCUGGAGUAUGCAGCCAUGCUGCGUGCUUGGCAUUUUACCCCGCCGGACGGCCACAACCAACGUAGGUCGACGAAAAGACAAAGGAAGAAGUUUCCAAGCUCCUCGCGUCGGAUGACCUGCAAGUGGCAACAACACGAGUUACAGCGGCUCGAGCGCGUCAUCGGCGAACUCCGGGACUCGCAAGGACAAGCAAACCGAAGUAUCCAUGCGCACCUCGACCGCUUGAAACAAGACAACGCGGCUUCAGCAAGCGCUGCACCAAGUAACAACCAGCCGUCCACACGACAGCUGGAGCAGCGGAUUGUGGUUGCCACCAUUGGCGACCUUGGCACGCUCGCGGAAUCAGCAACGAUCAGUCACCAGAUUGCUUUGUUGACCAGCAGUCUCCGUACGCUGCAGCAACGACCUUCCAGUAGUGGCGAACAACAUACGUACAAGAUGCCAAACUUCAACAUUGAGAAGUUUGACGGCUACACCAAGCAGAAUACUCUACAUGGUGGCAAGGCUUUACCACAGAACUAAGCUUCUGUGAAGUCCCCGAUCAUCUCAAGAUCGCGGCCCUCGACCUCAGCACCACCAGUG